GUAGAGGAGUCCCCAAGUGAGAAGCAAAUAAAGAAGAGCCCUCUUCCAUCUUCAGAAAGAAAACCUGUUAAGCUAGUCAGGAGCAGGUCUUUCGAAAAGUCCUUGGACCUGAAUGAGAAUGAAAAUCUUCCUGAGAAGAGCAGUGCCUCAGAUAGUGAAGAAGCAGUGAAGGAGUCUGUCUCUGAGAAUGAUAUCUAUGGGAGACUUUUUAUAAACAGAGUUUUCCACAUCACCGCAGACAAGAUGUUUGAAAUCCUUUUCACCAAUUCUCAUUUCAUGCAGAGGUUUCUCAAUUCCAGGAGUAUAGUAGAUGCUGUAUCAACCCCUUGGAAUAGAGAUUCCAGUGGCAAUCAGUUGAGGACUUUGACGUACACUGUAACAAUUAACAAUCCACUUUGUGGGAAGUUCACAACUGCAACUGAAAAGCAGAUCCUGCAUAAGCAGAGCCAGAAGGGUCAGUCUUACCAGGUGGAUGCUGAGGUACUGACCCAUGAUGUCCCCUACCAUGAUUAUUUCUACACUGUGAACAGAUACUGCAUCAGCCGCACAUCCAGUCACAAGUGUCGAUUACGGGUUUCUGCAGAAGUGAAGUACAAAAAACAGCCUUGGGGCCUUGUCAAGUCUGUAAUUGAGAAGAAUACCUGGGGAGGAAUACAGGAAAACUUCAAACAACUUGAAUCAGAUCUUCUAAUGGAGGAAUAUGCAAUUAAUCAGUCCAUAGAAGAUUCUGGAAAAUUAGUUGCCCUGAGACGAAGACGACGCACUUUACACCGGAGUCUGGCAGAAUCACUUCCCAAACGUUCUUCCCAACACUCCUCUGGUGACACAGGAGUAGAGUCCCAGGGCAGCAUCAUAGGAAGGAAAAGAGAUGCUGUAAGUAGGACCACCACCAUCAUUGUAGUAAUGAGUGUCUUUUUGCUGCUCUUGGUCUUGCUGAAUAUAACACUGUUUCUCAAACUGUCAAAGAUAGAGCAUGCAGCUCAGUCCCUCUAUCAUGUCCAGCUUCAGGAAGAAAGCUCUUUGAACAUAUCCCCAGAAAUGGUAUCAAAAGAGGAAGUCCCUCAGUAUGAUAAGGAACAGGUUAAACACGUGAAGGGAGUUUUAAGAGACUCAAUUGAAAUGCUUGAGCAGCUAAAGAUCUCCCUUUCCAUGCUCCAAAGAAGCUUUGACCACUUCAACAGGACACAGAGCAGCAAGACUGAGAGUUAAUACCCACAUCAGCUCUCCGUUCAAGAUGUCGGAAGAACAGAUGUGUGUGUGAGGACUUAUGGGGUAGGGAUUGCAACUGUCACCUUCGGACUCUUUACUGUUUGGCUCAAAAGCUGCACGGAAUAAAGGUUUCUGGAAGAAGUAA